ACUUGCUACAGUUGAUUCGAAGUAAAGGUUCCGCUACAUCAUCAUCAUCAUCAUGAAUCUCCUCAUUGUUCUUGUGCUUGGAGCCUGUGCUGCAGUUGCUCUGGCAUCAGAUGACACCAAGACAUUGGAAGACACCAAGACAUUGGAAGACACCAAGGCAUUGGAAGCCUUAAUGCAAGCGAUUGAAAGUAAUGCGCUAGAUGCAGAGAUGGAGAACGUGAAGAACGGCGUCUCCACGGGAUGGUGGCACCACCACCAUCACCAUCACCACCAUCACCACCACCACAUCCACUACCACUACCACCACAAACGAGAUGGAAACCAAUCAGAUGAGUUCCAGGCUGAGGAUGAUGCCACUUCCUUCAGGCCACGUCCCGCUAGCAAGGCGUAAAGGCCAACAACAUCCUUGAGUAAUGUUGCCACGAGGGAUGCUACUGGGAGGAAAUCGUGGAAUAUUGCUAGAGAACACGGCAAGAUACACGGCCUGGACGGGCAUGGUGCCCGGCUUAGUUAACGUAGAAUUAGUAGCGAA